AUGGCUGAGACAAAAGUGUUACAAGCGAAGCAGGCUAAGCUUCAGUCGUCGAUUGUAGGAAUGCAACGAGUGCAGCUAUUCGUCGAUUCUUACACUGCGGACCAAAGCAACCAAGCCGAGCAUCGCCUUCAAAGGUUUGAAGCAUUCUUUGAGUCGUAUACUCAAAGCUUCGACGACAUCCUCGAGCUAGGGGUUUCACCCGAAACCAUCGCAUCGCUCGAGAACAUCCGGACGCAAGUAGAGGAGCUCUACUGCGUAACCAAAGGAAAGCUCAUGGACAUACUGAGCGAAUCUAUGAAGAUAACGGUGAAACAGGAGGCAGCUACCACAUCAUCGCUUGCCGCGGUAAAGCUGCCAACCAUUUCUCUGCCGAGCUUCAACGGAGAUUAUGACACUUGGCUCACGUUCCACGACACGUUCGAGUCCCUGGUGCAUAAAUCGAAGGAACUAUCGGCAAUCCAAAAGUUCCACUACCUUCGCGCCGCGCUGGAAGGAGAAGCCGCUAGCCAAAUCCAGGUGCUAAGCAUCACGUCGGAGAACUACGACAUCGCCUGGACGACACUGGUUGAGCGGUACUCCAACAAAGUUCUUCUGAGGAAGAAACAAGUGCGCUCCCUUUUGGGCUUGCCAAAAAUUACAAAGGGAAGCGUUCAAGCCCUACGCAACAUCGUCGACAAGUUUGUGCUACACCUGCAAGUGCUGCAACAGCUCGGUGAACCGAUUGACCCGAACAGCACAAUCAUCGUAGGCCUGCUAGCAGACAAGCUCGACGAUGCUACAGUAACUGCUUGGGAAGAAUCGCUCGAGCCCAAACAGCAGCCCACCUACGCUCAGAUGGUUCAGUUUCUUCGGAGGAGAAUACAAACCAUGGAGAGCAUCGAAGUAAACCGUUCGACAUCAUCGUCAAACGUCGAACGAAGGAAGCAGGGAUCACGCUCUCACAUGAACGCCGCAGCUUCAGCCGCAGUGCAGCAGCAGCAGCACCAGAACGAAGCAGUGUGUAGUGUGUGUCGACAAAACCAUUCCGUAAACCAGUGCACAAACUUUACAACCGCUAACCAUCAGCAGCGACUUCAAAUAGUGCGCGAUAAAAAACUGUGUGCAAACUGUUUACGAGAAAACCAUACGGCAGCUCAAUGCACCAGCAAGUUUGUGUGUCGCCAGUGCUCCGGACGUCAUCACACGUUAAUACAUCCGGGAUUAUUUCAACCACAGCAGCAGCCAUCGAACAGCUCAGCUCCGUCGUCCAGCAUGUUGGCAGCAUCAACAACACACCCAUCGGUGCAAGGUACGAAUUUCGAUCGUGCGAUCCUCACAACUGUGUUAUUGGUGGUUGUGGAUGCCAACGGCGGCGAGCACCUAGCGCGUGCUCUUCUGGACUCCGGAUCGCAACCCAACGCGAUAAGUGAAAAGCUGUGCCAGCAACUUCGUUUGCGCCGGAAAGUGGUUGAUUUAGAGAUAACUGGAGUUGAUAACACAACCACUUCCGCAAAGCACAUGGUGUCAGCAGAAAUCCGAUCCAGGAUCGGAGAGUUCAACAAAACCGUGGAUUUCAUCGUUCUCCGUAAGGUGACCCACGACAUUCCCGCUACACCAUUCGGCACGACAGACUGGAACAUACCAGCAGAUGCAGACCUCGCUGAUCCGCACUUCAACACCGUGGGACGGAUCGACAUGAUCAUCGGGGUGGCAAACUUCUACACCUUCCUGAAGGAAGGACGAAUUCGCCUGCACGAGAACGGACCGUUGCUCGUAGAAACCGUCUUCGGCUGGGUAGUUACCGGAAGCCCACCGCCACCGGAGCAAAAGAUGGCAAUGAGAUGCCAUUUUAACAGCAUCACUCCAAGCCUCGAAGACCAGAUCGAACGAUUCUGGAAAGCGGAAGAAAUCGAGACCACGCAGACAGCAGAUGAAAGGUACUGCGAAGAAUACUUCAAGGAUACGGUUUCCCGAGAUACGACGGGUCGAUACAUCGUGAAGCUACCGAAGCAUCAACAACACGACAAGUUAAUCGGUGCUUCAAAGGCAACCGCCCUACGACGAUUCGGAGCCCUCGAACGGAAAUUGAGUAAAAAUGACGAGCUUCGCCAUCAAUACCACGACUUCAUGGCGGAGUACAUUGCGUUACAUCAUAUGACACCUGUGGAAGAUGACGCAGCAGAUGGUCCCGCAGCGUGUUAUCUACCGCAUCAUCCCGUCUUCAAGGACACCAGCACCACCACCAAAGUAAGAGUCGUGUUUGAUGGUUCCGCAGCAACAUCAACAGGACACUCUCUGAACGAUGCUUUGAUGGUGGGACCUGUCGUACAAGAUGACUUGCUUAGUCUGGUCAUCCGGUUCCGGAAAUUCAAGAUCGCAGUGGUAGCAGACCUCGAGAAAAUGUACCGGCAAGUGUUGGUUCAUCCAGUGGAUCGCCCUCUGCAACGCAUCAUCUGGCGAUUCGACAGCAGCCAACCAGUGCAAAUCUACGAGCUCGACACCAUCACGUACGGCUUGGCCCCGUCAUCGUUCUUAGCGACAAGAACACUUCUGCAGCUAGUAGAGGACGAAGGAACUUCAUACCCGCUGGCAAGCAAUGCCAUCAAGCAUCAUCUGUACAUGGACGACCUCAUCGCCGGCGCCGACAGCAUUGAAGGUGCCAUCAGUCUGCGAGAAGAACUGGCCACCCUUGUCAGCAAGGGUGGAUUCACGUUCCGCAAGUGGUGUUCCAACGCUCUUCCAGUACUGGAAGGAGUCCCACCAGCACUACUUGGAACGAAAUCAGCGUUCAACUUCGACAUCGAGGAAAACAUCAAAACGCUCGGCAUUCGAUGGGAUCCAGAAGCCGAUGUAUUCCGUCUGGAUGUUUCGAUCGUCAUCAAACCAUCGCCACACUCCAAACGCAGCAUACUCUCUUCAAUCGCGCAGCUGUACGACCCACUCGGUUUAAUUUCACCGGUCAUCGUGCAAGCGAAAUUGAUCAUGCAGUUGCUUUGGCUAUUGGGACUGCAUUGGGACGACAAGGUACCGGACGACCUACAACGAAAAUGGGACAUCUUCUGCGAGCAACUUGCCAAACUUCAGGACUUCACCAUCACGAGGUUCGCAUUCAUAGCCGGUUAUCACCAAGCAGAGCUUCAUUGUUUCACCGACGCGUCUGAAGCAGCUUACGGAGCUUGUAUCUACAUCCGGUCGGAAACGUCUGACGGAUCAGUGCAAAUGCUUCUGGUACAUCAACACCGUAAACUACUACACGGUGGCAUCUCGCAUACACUGUCUGCAGUGCGCGAUGGAUUCUGGCCAUUGAAUGGACGCAAGGCAGUCAGAAGCGCCAUACGAAAAUGUCACGAGUGUUGCAGAGCCAAUCCUCAUCCAAUACAACAACCAGAGGGUCAACUACCGGUCGACAGAGUGACAGCAAACGACGCGUUCAUCUGUACCGGAAUCGAUUAUUGUGGGCCUAUCUACCUGAAGCCGAUUCAUCGGAAAGCCGCGGCUCGUAAGGCUUACAUCUGCAUUUUUGUUUGCCUCAGCACCAAGGCUGUCCAUUUGGAGCUGGUCAGCGAUCUCAGCACGGCAGCAUUCCUGAUGGCUCUUGACCGGUUUGUGUACAGGAAAGGCAGGCCGACCCACAUCUACUCGGACAAUGGUACCAAUUUCAUUGGUGCUAAAAACGCCCUUCACGCCAUCUACGCCAUGCUGAAUCACACGAAGAGCAAGGAGCAGAUCGACAAACAUUUGGCAGACGACGCGAUUCAAUGGCACCUCAUCCCUCCACGAGCACCCAACUUCGGCGGUCUAUGGGAGGCCGCGGUCAAGGUGGCCAAAACUCACUUGGUUCGUCAACUCGGCGCAGCUUCACUCUCCGAAGAGGAAAUGGCGACCGUGCUGGCUAAAAUCGAAGGAUGCAUGAACUCCCGCCCUUUGACACCACUCUCCAGUGACCCGAACGAUUUAGAAGCACUGACCCCGGCCCACUUCCUCAUCAAGCGUCCGCUGCAGCCACUGCCGGAAUUCAACGCUAGCUGUGCUUCCCAGAACCAGCUGGCCAAGUAUCAACGUCUGCAAAGGUUCACACAAAGUUUUUGGGAUCGUUGGUGCAACGAAUACCGCAAGGAGCUGAACAUUGCCCACCGACGACAACGCAAAGGAUACCAGCUUGCUGAAGGGGACCUGAUCAUCCUGAAGGACGACCAACUACCGCCAACCCGAUGGCC